CCUCUUGAUCGAUUUGAUCGGAGAAGGCCGGAGAAAAGCUCGAAGGUCCGUCAAUGGGGAGCUAUGUGGAGAAAGCUCGUGAGAAUCACGUCAAGAAGAAGGUCGAAGAAGCGCUGCGUAGCAAGAUGAAGGCAAAGGCAUUGAUGGAAUGUGAUCAGUUCGUCUCAAAGUAUGCUCAGUGCGCAACAGGAAGAACGUUUUCUGUGGUAUGGACAUGUCGUAAGCAAGCUAAAGAGCUCAACACUUGCCUCCAUCAAUUCACCAAUGAUAAUGUCUUGGAAGAAAUGAAAAGAGAGUAUAUGCUUCAGGAAGAGGGUAAAGUCUCAGCCUCGGCCAUAUGAUUUUUUUGUCGAACAAGAGAUUUAAGUCCGACCAAUACAAUGUCGUUGCUUUCUUUCUUGUUGAUUAUGGAUAAAUAGAUCCUUUCAUGCGUUAACUGUUGCCUUUCUUUUUAAUAAGGGUGUGAUCACUUUAAGGAAAGUAAUAGAUAUUGUAUUCCCAUU